AGGUAAGAAACGCGUAACAUCGAAUUCAUUCUUCCCCCGAGCAUACCCUCCUUCGUUGUUCUCCUGUGCUUAUUUUGGACAGAGUGGAAAGCUCAGCGUUGCAGUUGGUGUACCCGCUGGAUUCUCGUCCGGUGCAGCUAAUCUUCCGGGGGUUGCAGGUGGUCAAGGAGAAACGAUCCCUCCUCCGGGAUGUCUCGGGCGUUGUUAAACCCGGCGAACUUUUGGCCGUCAUGGGCCCCUCAGGUUGCGGCAAAACGACGUUAUUGAACUGCCUGUCAGGCCGCGUGGGCUUGGACGGGGGUGAAAUCUGGCUGAAUCGUGAAAGGUUGACAAAAAGAUGGCGCAGAAGAAUCUGUUACGUGCAACAGCAGGACGUUUUCUUUCCCGAUCUCACGUUACGACAGACACUCGAGUACCAGGCGAGGCUCAGGCUUCCGGACACGUUCUCGCACUCACAGAAGAUGCAGUGCGUGGAUCAUAUCAUCGAGGUCCUCGACCUCGCCACCUGCCAAGACACCAUUAUCGGAGAUUACACGAAACGAGGACUCUCCGGUGGCGAGAAGAAAAGGACGAGCAUAGCCUGCGAGUUGCUUACCAAUCCUUCUCUUAUGCUGCUCGACGAACCAACGAGCGGGUUGGACUCCCAUUCGGCACAGGCGUUGAUUUCACGGCUGAAGAAGUACGCGGAACAAGAGGGGAAGAGCAUAGUGAUAACAGUGCAUCAACCCAGCUCGAGGAUGUUCCACAGUUUCAGCAAGAUCCUGCUGCUGAGCCGUGGCCAAGUCGCGUAUUACGGCCUCACGGCAAACAUCGGCAGGUUUUUCUCCACGAUCGGACUCACCCUGCUCCCCCACUACAACCCCGCUGAUUUUAUACUGGAGCAAAUAAAGGGGCCAGAAGAGGUUCGGGAGCGCAUCGUUGCCGCGGCGAGGAACGCGAGACAGGGACCUGACUGCCCGCCGGAACUUCGCCCGGACUACAAUCCAAGCCAACAUCCGCUCUGCGACCAUCUGAUCCAUUAUCACGAGCACCACAUCAGCCACAACGUGAAAGAAGACGAAGGUCGCACGCUGUGGUUAGACACGCAAAGCCAUGCCAGCAGCAGCGCCAGUUCUGCGGACGAUGACUAUACCUGGCAGUGGCCCACCAGUUUCUGGUCGCAAUUCAAAGUAUUAUCAGAAAGAAACUUUCAAGAGGCACGACCUCGGAUGCUGUCUCGUCUCAACUGGCUUCAAACGAUAGCUCUCGGCCUGCUUGCUGGACUGUUGUGGCUAAGACUUCCCAGAACCGAAGCGGCACUUCACGACAUCCAAGGAUGGAUGUUCUUCAGCACCACGUACUGGAUGCUGUUCGCACACUUUGGUGCACUCUCCAGUUUUCCUCCGGAACGCGAGGUGAUCAACAAGGAGCGGCUUUCAGGAUCGUAUCGGCUCUCGGCCUAUUACUUGGCGAAAAUGGUCGGCGAGUUGCCGCUUACGAUCACGUUGCCCGCUGUCUACCAUAUCAUCAGUUACCCGAUGUUGGGCUUCCACAGUCCGGCAGUUUUUGUCACCCUGCUGGCGUUUCUCUUACUCAACACCAUCGUCGCACAGAGCGUGGGAUUCUUCGUUGGGGCAUGCUGUUUGGAUCUGCAGGUUAGCAUAACCGCGUCCGCGCUUUACACCCUCGCCACGCAAUUGCUCGGCGGUUAUUUGGCGACGGCUGUCCCACCGUGGUUGGCAUGGGCAAGAUACGCGAGUAUGGUGCACUACGCCUAUCAGAACAUGCAAAUCCUGGAAUUCGGCGUUGGCGAACCGAUCACAUGCUCGCAGCCAAGCAAGUUCCAGGAAUGCAGGAACGCCACGACGAUACCUGUUUCGGCGAUCCUCGAGAGCCAGGGCGGCGCAAGGGGUUCCGGUCUUCCACUGUGGGCUAACACGGCCGUCCUCCUGGCGUUCCUCGUCAUAUUCCGCACCCUGGGCUACCUGGUGUUGCGCUACUAUCGCGUGCCCAAGUGAAACGGCGCGCGAUGAGAACCGCCUUUCCACUGCCGCCACGAUCCACCGUACGAUACUGGUGGAUCGGCCGCGAUCGACGGACGUCGUCACGGCCUCGCCGCGCUAACGGGAACCUCGUCAACGUCGUGAUUUCGUCGUCGAGCUUCCGUUUCACCCUUCGUUUCGUGUGCAUCGAUCGAGAUAUAUAUAUAUAUAGAGAGACAGAGAGAGAGAGAGGGAGAGAGAGAGAGAGAAAACUCGAGACCGAGAUAUUUAUUUUUCCAGGAUUGACACGCGGAAUUCGGGGGUGGUAAUGAAAAGAUAAUCCUAAUAAACGUUACUCGAAGCACCUUUUUUUCCUUUCUUUUUUUUGAUCAUUCACGAUUCGAGAAUGAGGGUGUUCAAGGAUGAUCGUUCGAAUAACGAAAACGGAGUCGCUAUUCUAUUUAUAUAUCCGCAUGCACGAGUGAAGAGGGGGAGGGGAAGGGGGGGGGGAUAAACACGCGAAUUUCGAGGAUGAAUUCUUGGAUUCGUCUUUUCACGACCACCUGACUAAUAUACUCCACUCUUUGAUAUCUUAAUUAUCGAGCUAGGACUACUACUAUUUUUUAUUAUAUAAUUGUACACCGCAUCAUACACGCAGAAAGAUAUAGAAUAUAUAUACCUCAGACAGACAGGGAAAGAAAAGAAAAGAAGAGAAAAGAAAAGAAAAGAAAUCAGCGACCUAAGCGAAACGAGGGGUUAUAAACGAGCCGAAAGGGUUGACAAGGAGCGAGGAAUUUUGGGCAGUUUUUUGCGCUCGUUUCCGCUAGCGGCUGGCCACGAAAGAGAGAGAGAGAGAGAGAGGAGAACUCGCGUCACCAAGAGAUUUGGCGAAGACUAUAUACAUAAGAUUGUACACGUAGAGAUUUUAUAUAUAUAUAUAUAGAUAGAUAGAUAAAUAGAUAGAGAUAUAUAUAUAUAUAUAUAUCACUCUGUCGCGUGGAGUAAGAUGAACAUAGAUGGCAUGGGAGAAUGCAUGGACGAGUGAGUGAAUGAGGAGGGAGACUCUUUUCUUUUUAAUUUUUCUCGCGGAAACAAGGGUAUAUAAUACAGAUAGAGCAAAGAUACGCGUGUAUUUUGUGUUUUUUAAAGUGUGCACGUGUACAUGAUGAUACUCUCGAGUGAAUGGGAUGAUCGAGCGUGUGUGGAAAUGACGAGAGAGAGAGAGAGAGAGAGAAAUUGUUUCUUCGUUCUUUUUCUCUUUUUUUUUUUUUUUUUAAUUUUCUCGUUUUUUGGAAGAAUCGAAAAAAAAAAUCGACCGAAAGAGAUCGCGAACACAGAUCGAGACGCAUUUUUUACGACGACGAAUCUUUUCUUACCACGUACGAUACUACUCUCGAACCGAAGAAGACGAGAAGAUGAGAAGAUAAAGAUAAAAUAAAGAAAAAAGUGAGAAGGAGAGUGGAGAGAAAUGAAAAUCUCUAUAUACUGUGUCGAAUUCACUUCAGCCUUCAGUGUGCAAACGCUUCGAAGGCGUGA